AUGCUUCUUGUCGGCUUCGCAACAAUCACUUCCCCACUAACCGCUACCAUCUACUUCCCGCUCCUACCGCUCCUUCGCGCGCACUUUCACACCUCAGCUCAAGCAAUCAACCUCACGAUAACGCUGUAUGUCGUCUUCCAGGCGCUCUCGCCCGCCUUCUUCGGCCCGCUCUCCGACACCCUUGGCCGCCGUCCCGUCUACCUCUUCACGCUGGCCCUCUACACCCUCAGCAAUCUCGGCCUGGCACUGAAUCAAAACAGCUAUGCCGCCCUACUCAUCCUCCGGGCAUUCCAGAGCCUUGGCGCCAGCGCUGCCUAUGCCAUCAGCUACGGCGUCGUCGCGGAUGUGUGCGUGCCCGGCGAGCGCGGGAGAAUCAUGGGGCCGGUCAGCAUGGCACUCAACCUCGGUGCUUGCAUAGGGCCGGUGGUCGGCGGGUGGGUGGCCUACCGGAGCGGCGGGUUUGCAUGGGUGUUUUGGACGCUCGUUGUUGUUGGGGCGGCGCUUUGGUUCUGCAUCGGCUUGCUGCUCCCAGAGACGCUGAAUGCUGUCGCUGCAAAUCAGGGACUACCAUCGCAAGAGUUCUGGGAGAAGUGCUGGUGGAGGCGGCUGCUGAAAUGCAUGAGAAAAGGUAGUAGUAACGGUGGAAAUACUGAGUCUAGCAGUCUUCCGCCCCCUCCUCGCAAGAAGUCACUCCUUGAAUGUUGCCGCGUUACCAAUCCUCUGACGUGUCUUCGCAUUAUCUUCCACCUGGAUACCUUUCUGGCCCUUUGGAUGCACGGCUCGUUCUACACUGUUGACUACACUCUCGUCGCCGCCGUGCCUGCCAUAUUCAAGGACAUCUACUCCUUCAACGAGCUCCAGACCGGACUGGCAUACCUGCCCCGCGGUGCAGGAAUCAUCAUCGGCAGCUACUGUAACGGCAGGCUCAUGGAUCUCAACUUCAAGGUGACGGCGCAAAAGGUGGGCUGGACGCCGGAUCCGGCAUCGAGAAAUAACAUAGAUGAUUUCCCAAUUGAGAAGGCCAGAUCCCGCGGAAGUUUCUGGCUUCUCCUCAUCUCCACCGCCACGCUCGUGGGCUACGGAUGGGCAGUCAGCAGCCACGUCCACGUUUCUGUGCCGCUCAUUCUCCAGUUCGUGCAGGGCUUUUGGGGGACGUGCUUUUAUACCAUUUACAACACGCUUCUGGUUGACUUGUUUUCCGAGAGCCCCAGCACCGCUGCGGCGACGGCGAGCAUGCUUCGUUGCGCCAUGGCGGCUACUGGUGUUGCCAUAUUGCAGCCUUUGCUUGAGGCUGUGGGCUUGGGAUGGUACUUUACUUUCUUGGGCAUCUGGAGUGGCGUCUGUGGCGCUGCUGCUGUAUUUCUGCUUCGGAAGAAAGGAAUGGCCUGGAGGACUCGAAGAAUCUCUCGUGGUCGUGAUCAGACAGCAUAA